GCGCGGGGGUGGGGAAGCUUCCAGGCCCCGCCCCCGGGUGGGAUCCUGGACCCCCCCUCCCAGCCCCCGCAGGCCGGGCGGAGGGAGGGGGAGUUUAGUCGCUUCUGGGGGCGACACAACUGGGCAGUUCCGGGAAGGGGGUCCCCACGAGGAAGCCGGCGACCCCGAGCAUCACGCUCCCCCGCCGCCCCCGGGGCGAUGAUACAGCCCACUUCCGGUUCCGGGUACCGACCGGAAGUCUCGCGAUGGCGGGAGGCGGAGGCUUGGACGCCGACGCGGGCAGCGACCCGGGCACCGAGGGACACCUCGCAGCCGGCACAGGGCAGCAGCCUCGCUGGGGCGCCCUCCUGCCCGGGGUGCUGGGCGGCGCGCUGGUGGCCCUCUACGCCGUGGCCACGCCCUUCGUCACGCCAGCCCUGCGGAGGGUCUGCCUGCCCUUCGUGCCCGCCACCCCGCGGCAGGUGGAGAACGUGCUGAGGAUGGCGCGGCGCGGGCGCGGGCCCCUGGUGGACGUGGGCAGCGGCGACGGCCGAAUCGUGAUUGCUGCGGCCAAGGAAGGGUUCGCGGCCGUGGGCUACGAGCUGAACCCCUGGCUGGUGUGGUACUCCCGGUUCCGCGCCUGGCGGGAGGGCGUGCAGGACUCGGCCACCUUCCACGUGGCGGAUCUGUGGAAGGUGAGCUUCUCGCCAUACUCGAACGUCGUGAUCUUCGGGGUCCCUCAGAUGAUGCCGCAGCUGGCCCAGAAGCUGGAGCAGGAGCUUGGGGCGGACGCGCGCGUGGUCGCCUGCCGCUUCCCCUUCCCGGGCUGGCGGGCAGACCAGGUGGCCGGGGAGGGCAUGGACACGGUGUGGGCCUACGACGCCAGCUCCUUCCGCCUGGCCGGCCGGCGCCCCUGAACAGCCACGAAUACACGUGUCCCCUCCCCGUGAGCCGCGGUCUCAGCUUCCUGCCCGCCCGCGUCAGCCUGCCCGGCCCCCCCAGGCUCCCGUGUGCUCCUGCUCGCCGGACAGAGGACUGGGAGCAACUCGUGACGUGUGACCGGAGGUGACCCUGGCCACCCGCGAGGAGGCGGCAUCUGGAUCAGCGCGUCCCUGCCAGUGUUGGGCGCCCCCGACAGUGACCCGGGCCCUGGGGCCAGUGCUGACAGAAGUCGUGGUUACGCCGGGCGUGGGCCGCUCGCUCGAGUCCACGCUGAGGACCCUGUCCCCCGCCGGCCCCCCAGCACCGCCGGUGUAGCUGGGUGUCUGCCAAGCAGGCGCCAAGGGCCAAGUCACGGUCGCACCGUGCCCGAGAAAGCAGCGUCCACUCCCCCGAAUGGGACGUGGGGCGCCAAGUGACCACGCGCGGGUGGGAGGGUGGCUGGACGCUCGGGGCCUCCCUGCCAGGUGUCAGGGACGCAGCGUGCGGGGGUGAGACGGGCGCGCUCCCGCUGGCUCGGACCCUCUGCCCUGUCCCUCAGGGCCAGCUGGGGGCCUGCUGCCUGGGGGCAGGCACGCUUGAGGCCAGCAGAGGACCGAGGGCGGGAGUGUGUACGUGCAUUUGUGUGUGUGGGUGUGCGUGUUUGUGUGCACGUGUAUGUAUGUGCAUGUGUGUGCAUGCAUGCGUAUGUAUAUAUGUGCACAUGUGUAUGUGCGUGUGUACAUGUGUGCAGGCGCGCAUGUGUGUAUGAAUGCAUGUGUGUAUGCAUGUUUGUGCACGUGUGUGCAUGGGUGUGGUGCGUGUGUGCAUGCAUGUGUAUGUGUAUAUGUGCACAUGUGUAUGUGCGUGCAUACAUAUGUGCACGCGUGCAUGUGUGUAUGCAUGCGUGUGUGCAGGUGUGUGCAUGGGUGUGGUGCGUGUGUGCAUGCAUGUGCAUGUGUGUGUGUACACAGACCUUUGGCGGGUUUGGCAGCCCACCCCCCUCUGUGGUGGCUGUGGUUGUGGUGGCCGCACAGUGCACACGUCACUGGCAGCAGUGGUGGAGGCAGCCCGGAGAAGGCCGUGGGGCAGGCGGCUGUGGGCCGAGGGGCCUCCCGCUCGGCUUCCACCCGGGCAGCAUUGGCGCUGCUUUCCCGAGUGUCCCUGCCACGGGGCCCAUGGACGCGGGUCAGGGUGCCGGGCUCGUCUGUGACCUGUGGCCGUCUUCAGCCUGUGAGCUGUGGGCUCUGACGCCGGAGAAGCUUCCGGUUCCCUCCCCAAGCUGCCUGGGGUCGGGGGGGGGGGGGGCGAGUGAGAGGAAGAAGCCCCAGUGCUUGCCGCUGUGCCCUGAUCUUACGGAAACGGCCAUAAAGUGUGUACUUACUGUUCCUCAUUCAUGAGCGGAGACGUGGCUCGGGUAGAGGCCUGUGAAGGAAACUUGGGGUCUGAGGCUUCAGGGCUCCGGGAAAUCGCUGUCCAGUGAUGACGUGGACAGUCCUGCUCCUCUCAGAGAAGCCCAACCGGUCGCCAGCUGUGUCACGGCAGCCCCCAGCAGCUGGUGGGAGCCCUGGCAUGGUGAGAUGGGCUGCAGCCCACAGGAUGCGGGUGGAUAAUUUCCCUUUUAAGGAGAAAUCACUGGGCCGUUGUCUGCCAGUCUGGUCGUCCAUCCAUCCACCUGCCCAUCCAUCCACCCAUCCAUCCAUCCAUCCAUCCAUCCACCUACCCCAUCCACCUGCCCGCCCAUCCAUCCAUCCAUCCAUCCAUCCAUCCAUCCAUCCAUCCAUCCAUCCAUCCAUCCAUCCAUCCAUCCAUCCAUCUACCCACCCACCCAUCCAUCCAUCCAUCCAUCCAUCCAUCCAUCCAUCCAUCCAUCCAUCCAUCCAUCCAUCCAUCCAUCCAUCUACCCAUCCAUCCAUCCAUCCAUCCAUCCAUCCAUCCAUCCAUCCAUCCAUCCAUCCACCUACCCCAUCCACCCACCUACUCCAUCCAUCCAUCCAUCCAUCCACCCAUCCAUCCACCCACCCAUCCACCCGUCCGUCCGUCCAUCCAUCCACCCACCCACCUGUCUGUCCAUCUGUCUGCCCAUCUGUGGGUCCAUCCGCCCGUGCAAAUGCCCUUCUGUCCAGUGGCUCCCCCAUUCGGCAGUGACUGGGCCUUGGCGGGCUCUGUUCUGGGUCCCCCCAGGGAGGGCUGUGCAGGGGUGAGGCGGGGAGAGAGAGGGGCUGUCUGCAGAGUCCGGGCGCUGACACCCAUGGGCGCUUCUCCUCAGCUUCCCCACACGGGGCGUGCACACCUCUGACACCGUGUGACGGUGCCUCGGGCUGUGAUGGCCAGGGUUCAAGUCAGGAGCUGGGUGGGCCCUGGGCUGGGAGAGAAGUAGGUAGCUCCCACAGUAGAUUUCUCAAUAUAUCCCCCCCCCCCCCCCUGCUGCCUUUGAGCAGGGGGCACACCCAGCACUGCUCAGGGGUCACUCCUGCCUCUGCACUCAGGAAUCACCCCUGGCGGUGCUCAGAGGACCAUAGGGGAUGCUGGGAAUCGAACCCAGGUCGGCCGCGUGCAAGGCAAACGCCCUCCCCGCUGUGCUAUUGCUCCAGGAUCAACACGGAGUUCAAAAUCCAGGCGCUUUGUGCGGUGCGUCCCGUGCUCUUGGGCAGGGGAUUCCGCACCGGGUCACCCAGUGGUGACGGACACGAACGGCUGAAGGGAACCGGGGGUCACGGAAGUGGCCGGUGUCGACCCCUCCCUGAGCAGACUGUCUCUCUGGGACCACGCAUGUCCCCACGCUGGAGUCCUGGGGCUUGCACAUGCCAGGCCUGCUUCCUUUCUGCAGAGGAACCUUCUAGAACUCCUCUCCGAGGAUGGCGUCCCUUUAGGCCAGUGUUUCCAAACAUUUUCCCCACGGUGGCUCCUUGCAACCUCGUGUCCUCACCGUGACACCCCCUGGCCUCAUGCUGUGGCCCCCGUUUACAUGCUUUUCACCUGUGACCCCCCGGGAAUAUUCUGGGGCCCAUAAAGGCCGAGGGGUCCAAGCUAGAGAUGCUGCCUCAGCCUCGUCCCUGGAGUUGGCCCUCGUGCGUCCUCCAGGCCUGCACUCGUGUCUGUGCGCGGCCAGAGCCCUCCGCUCCUGUUCCCCGCGGCUCCCCGACUCCCGGGCCUGCCCGUCUCACCGACACCGCUGCCCAGCCCUCCUGAGGUGCCCGGAGUUGAGCCAGGCCUCACGUACCGCGGAAGCCUUCCACCCUUCGUCCUCGCCUCAGUUUCUUUUAAACAGAAUUUUUGGGUGGUUUUGUUUUUGGCGCCCCUCGUGGGACUCGGGGCUCAGGCUGUUUAGGGCUCCCGCCUGGCGUCGCACCCGGGUCUGCUGCGAGCCAGGCCAGCGCCUGCCUGCUGGGCGGUCCCUGCCGCCCCUGGACAGCCGUGUCCUAGCUUCUGUAGCUGGGACGUCUGGGCACUCUCCCUCUGCCCCGCUGGCCCUCUGUCGCUGCUGCCGCCCCGACGCGCUGGCCUGGGGUGUGCCCACUGGGCAGCAGUGCCCAGACGCUCCUGGCUGUGGUGCAGCCGGAACCUGGGGCCAGCGCUGGGGUGUGAUAGACGGGGCAGCUGCCGGGCACAACUGCAGAGCCGUUAGGACGGAGCUCGGUGGCCGCGUGGCACUGGGGAUGAGUGCCCGUCCCCUGCUGGCGAGGUGGGCGCUGUAAGCCACCGAGUCGCCUCCCCCCGCAGCCCGUGCCACUCCUCCGGGGUGCUUCGUCCUCCAAGACCGGACUCCCCGAGCACAGGCUGCCCGUGCCUGUGCCCCCGCAGGUCACAGAGUCAGGACGGGACUGCGUGCCGCCGUCGUUCUUUUAAAAAGGCUUUUGCUUUUUAUUAUAUUUUAUUUAUUAUUAUUAUUUUUGCUUUUUGGGGCACACCCAGCAAUGCUCAGGGGUUACUCCUGGCUCUGCACUCAGGAAUCACUCCUGGCCGUGUAAUUACUCAGGGGACUAUAUGGGAUGCUGGGGAUCAAACCCGGGUCGGCCAUGCAAGGCAAUCACCCUACCUGCUGUACUCUCUCUCCAGGCCCAGAUUAUUUUAUUUAAUCAAUUUAAUUUAUUUUAUUUUUUUUUGCUUUUUGGGUCACACCCAGCUAUGCACAGGGGUUCCUCCUGGCUCUGCACUCAGGAAUUACCCCUGGCGGUGCUCAGGGGACCAUAUAGGAUGCUGGGAAUCGAACUCGGGUUGGCUGCGUGCAAGGCAAACACCCUACCCGCUGUGCUAUCUAUCAUUCCGGCCCAAUUUAACUUUAAAAAAAAAUGUUUUGGGCCACAUCCAGCAGUGCUCAGGAGUUGCUCUUGGCUCUGUACCCUGGGGUAGCUCCUGGCAGUCUCUGGAGACCAUAUAGGAUGCUGGGAAUCGAACCCAGGUCAGCUGUGUGCAAGACAAGUGCCCUACCCACUGCACUAUCUCUCCAGCCCUUUUGCUUUUUAUGAUGAAGACAUCCUCACAGAGCUGUUUUUUUUCCUUGCUGAGCCAAUGAGGCAUUUUUAAACGAAAAGGUUUUCUCUUAGCCUAAUCAUUCAUUUCUCUCCACUAUCAACUUUUCAUUUAUAAUAUGACAUUUGUAAUUUGAAUAGUUGGGGUAUGACAGGUGGCUUCGAAUAUAGAACAAUAAAUUUCACAUUUACCACA